AUGUGUUGCUGGUUGUAUAUGUUGCUGGUUGUAUGUGUUGCUGUUGUAUGUGUUGCUGGUUGUAUGUGUUGCUGGUUGUAUGUGAUGCUGGUUGUAUGUGUUGCUGGUUGUAUAUGUUGCUGGUUGUAUAUGUUGCUGGUUGUAUAUGUUGCUGGUUGUAUGUGUUGCUGGUUGUAUAUGUUGUUGGUUAUAUAUGUUGCUGGUUGUAUGUGUUGCUUGUUGUAUGUGUUGCUUGUUGUAUAUGUUGCUGGUUGUAUGUGCUGGUUGUAUGUGUUGCUGGUUGUAUAUGUUGCUUGUCGUAUGUGUUGCUGGUUGUAUAUGUUGCUGGUUGUAUAUGUUGUUGUUCGUAUGUGUUGCUGGUUGUAUAUGUUGCUUGUUGUAUGUGUUGCUGGUUGUAUAUGUUGUUGUUCGUAUGUGUUGCUGGUUGUAUGUGUUGUUUAUCUGAUUGUGCAAUAUACUUAA